AUGUCUACUGCCAGAUGCUCCCAAUGCAAGCAUGAUAAAGCCAUUGCGGAAUAUGAUAGAAACCGCCGCGAGAAGACAAGCGGAGAUGAGACAAAGACGUGCUUCUUUGCGAGCCGGGCAAACAGUAGAAACAUUGGAGCUAUCCCCACCCAGAGCUGUAAGACAAGGAAUACGUUCUGCCUUUCCUUGCGCAUUUCUCAGUUCCCGUUUACAAUGGAAAGAAUUGAAUAUGGGCUCAAUGACGAUCCAAGUUCAAAGAUAAAGCCACGCUUUGAAAUCUGUUGUAAAAAGGGAGAUGUUCAGCUGUUACCUUUGCAAGCACCACCUCCGUAUUUACAAUAUCUUUUGCAGUCUACUGAUCCGGUUGCAAGAAGAUUUCGGACCAGUAUUCGUGAAUACAAUUCUGCACUCACGUUUACAUCGGUAAAAUAUACUGCUGAUCAACGGGCUCCAGCGCAAAGUGGUGGUUUGCAAUGUUUUCAAAUCCAUGGAGAGCUUUACCAUAUGCAAGGACCAUUGCAUCCACAACAGAACGCCUCACCAAGCUUUGCACAGCUAUAUUUUUACGACCCUGAGUAUGCAGCUGGUGUACGACAUGAGGCACAUCCCAACCUUGAUCUUACCAUAUUGCAGAGACUUACAAUCGAGUUACAUGAUGUCAACCCUUUUAUAGCAAUCUAUAAAACAGCCCGGGAGCGACUAAUGGAUGCAGAACGUUUGCAAGGUCCUGCAAGAAUAUUGUUAAGUCCGCAGCUGCAAUUGAUAAUGGAAUCAGGUGCUGACAAGCGUCGCCACAACCUGCCAACCAGCAAUGAGAUUGUGGUUAUCAUACCUGAUGAGUAUGGACAGGCAGGAUUUCGAGAUAUUGUACUUGCAAACCGUGAUAUGGAUGGCGAUGAAUCGUUCAACAUAAUUAAUCCUAAUAAUGCUGCUUAUAUGCCCUUGCACUAUGUAUUGCUAUUUCCGAAUGGUGAUACCCUAACGGAGAAUUGCGAGCAAUUAUUACAAGCUGCAUGGUACAUGGUCCCUGUGGCGAACGGAUGCCAAAUGCUCCAUGCAUGUCAAUAUCGGAAUCAGAUUUCCGAAGAUGCGCAAAACGCUUUCCUAAAGAAUAUCAACAAGAGACGGUAUUGCAAGAAGAUGGAUAUCCUCUUUACCGCCGCCGCAACGAUGGAAGAACUCAUACAAUACCUUUGCGAGGCUCCGGUGGAAAUGAAACUUUUUCAUUUGAUAAUCGCUGGGUUGUACCUUACAAUCCAUAUCUCUCCUGGCGAUACAAAGUGCAUAUCAAUGUUGAAGUUUGUUGGCAAUGAACUUGAUGAAGUAAAGCGAUAUUUGCAAGGUCGUUACAUUGGGCCAACAGAGGCUGUAUGGAGGAUUUUUGAAUUUGCAAUGCAUGAGGAAUCUCCGGCUGUCAUGCACCUGGCUGUACACUUGCCCGGUGAACAGGCAGUUUAUUACGGAAUAGAUGCAAAUCGAGAAGAUAUCUUGCAAAGAAUGGAAAGUGCAAAGUCAACACUUAUGGCAUUCUUCCAAUACAAUGCAGAGAAUGUCGAUGGUCACCCAUACCUAUAUCAAGAAUUUCCGACUCAUUUUACUUACAAUAAACCUACUCGCAAAUGGUCACGGAGAAAAGCAGGUGUUUCAAUUGGACGCAUGUAUCAUUGCAACCCUAUGAUGGGUGAGAAGUACUAUUUAAGACUCUUGCUCACAGUUGUCCGUGGUGCAAAAUCAUUUGAUGAUUUGCGAACUGUUGUGGGAGCGUUGCAACGUACAUUCAAAGCGGCAUGUCUUGCUCUGGGACUACUGGAGGAUGAUCGCGAAUGGGUGCAGUGUUUUACAGAGGCUGUUCUAUUUGCAUCUGGAGCUGCACUGCGUACAUUAUUUGCAACAGCCCUUCUUUUUGGGGAUUUAACUGAUCCAAAAGCUCUUUGGGCCGAAUUUGGGAACAAUAUUUGCGACGAUAUACCUCACACUCUUCAAACAAACGAGGCCCUUGCUGCUCCAGCUGACUUGCAAGACCCUCAUCUUGAUUAUGGUCUUUAUUUGAUAUCGCAGAUACUUGCAGAUUCAAACAAAACUCUUGCAGACUUCGAUUUGCCUCCAUAUAUCCACAAUUGGCAUCGUACUGCUGGAAAUGAAAUGAUUGCGGCAGAAUUGCGGUAUAAUCAACAAACAGAACUGGAGCUGCGUAAUGAGAGGAUUGCAAAGCUUAACGACGAACAAUUGCAAUGCUAUAAUACGAUUGUAAGAAGUGUUGAUAAUCCCGCAACAGCACAGUUCUUCUUGCAAGGCCCGGCUGGAACGGGAAAAACAUUUCUUUAUAAUACUAUCUGCAACCAUUUCCGGUCUGAAGGCAAGAUUGUUCUUUGUGUUGCAUCUUCCGGCAUUGCAGCACAGCUACUACCUGGUGGCAGAACAUCGCAUUCAAGGUUCAAGAUACCCAUUGUUAUUAAUGAAUCAUCAACUUGCACUAUUUCUCGCAAUACCUCCCUGGCCGGUCUCAUACAGCAAGCAAGUCUUAUCAUCUGGGACGAGGUACCAAUGCAACAUAAAUAUUGUUUUGAGGCUGUAAAUAGGUCUCUCAAUGAUAUUUGUGGUUCUGGGGAAGAUGCAUUAUUUGGCAAUAUACCAAUCGUGUUGGGCGGAGACUUUGCCCAGAUUCUGCCAAUUGUAAGACGGGGUAAUCGCGGUGCAACAGUUGCGGCAUGUUUGCAAAGAUCAUUUCUAUGGCAGCGUUUUCAGCAACUUUUGUUGAAAACAAAUAUGCGAGUUAGGGAAGGAGAAGCAAAUAAGGAAUUUGCCAAUUGGCUCUUACAAUUAUCUUACAAUCCACAAUGGAACGGUCGAAUACGUUUGCCGGAAUUCAUAUCUAUUUGCACAACAGUUGAAGAUCUCUGUGAGCAUGUAUUCCCUGCAGAAAUAGUUGCAUCAGCUCACACCAAUUACACGGCAUUUAAGGGGCGUGCAAUACUUGCAAUGCGAAAUGAUUUAGUUGCGGAGUUCAAUGAUAUUGUUCUCAAUACACUUAACGGUGAAACUAAGACAUAUUAUUCCAUUGAUAGUGCAGACUUCAACAACUCAGAAGAAGCAUCAAACGAACUCCCUGCAGAGUAUUUGCAAAACCUGAAUCCAGCUGCAUUACCACCUUCCCAUUUGCGAUUGAAGAUCGGCGCUCCGGUAAUACUUUUGCGCAAUCUAUAUCCAAAGCAAGGGCUUUGCAAUGGAACAAGAAUGACAGUAAUUCGUAUGGAAAGACGUUGCAUUGAGGUGCGAAUAUUGGGAGGCGAUAAUGAUGGGCAAGUAAAGAUUAUUCCUCGCAUCAAACUUUCUACAACUGAAGGGGAGUUGCCCUUUAUCUUAACUCGAAAACAAUUUCCUGUAAGAUUGUGUUUUGCAAUGACAGUAAAUAAGACACAGGGGCAAUCACUUGACAUUGUAGGGAUUGAUUUGCGGACUUCAUCUUUUAUGCAUGGACAAUUGUAUGUCGCAUUGUCAAGGGCAACAGAUGUAAAUAAGUUACGAAUCUUGCAAACGGAGGAGAGAGGGAGGGAAACCGAGAAUAUAGUGUAUCCGGAGUUACUGUUGAGGGAAUGA